AUGGGAGACAUAUGCUACAAGUUCAUCCGGCUCCGGGACAGCUUCUGGGGAGCCCAGGCCUGGUGCCAGGCCAAUGGCGGGCGCCUGGCGCACUCCUGGAACCCAGAGACGCAAGCCCUCCUGAACCACUGCCUGGUGGAAGGAGAGAAGUGGUGGGUCGGCCUGCGAGAGCAUCCAGGCUUCUCUGCCCACAGGGCGGACGCAGCUGUGACCCCCUUCCCUGCUGGGUGCAGUUACAUCACCAGGGACUCAGGCACCAUCAGCUCCAGGAGGGACACAUGUGUGCAGGAGCUAUAUUUCAUCUGCCAGUUCACUCCACAGCAGCCCAGCAACCAGCUCCCAUCAGCUCUUGGCAGCAAAGAGACGGGCUGGGCAGAGAAGCCAGGCCCCCUGCCCCCAGGAGAUUCCCGUUCCCCGAGGAGGCGCCAUGGAGCAGACUGGGGAGAUCGAGAGAGAAACCUCACAAGGGGACACCAGGCCGGCCGCAGGGACCGGCACAGACACCAGGCCAGGUGUGGGGACCGGCAUAGACACCAGACCCACCGUGGGGACCGGCACAGACACCACACCUGCCGCACAGACCGGCACAGACACCAGACCGGCUGCGGGGACCGGCACAGACACCAGACCCACCGCGGGGAUCGGCACAGACACCACACCUGCCGUGCGGACCGGCACAGACACCAGACCCGCCGCGGGGAUCGGCACAGACACCAGACAGGCCGUGGGGACCGGCACAGACACCAGACCGGCUGCGGGGACCGGCACAGACACCAGACCCACUGCGGGGAUCGGCACAGACACCACACCUGCCGUGCGGACCGGCACAGACACCAGACCCGCCGCGGGGAUCGGCACAGACACCAGGCUGGCUGCGGGGACCGGCACAGACACCAGACCGGCUGGGGGGACCGGCACAGACACCAGACCAGCCACGGGAACCGGCAGAGACACCAGACCCACUGCGGGCACCGGCACAGACACCAUACCCACUGCGCGGACGGGCACAGACACCAGACGAGCCAUGGGGACCGGCACAGACACCAGACAGGCCGCAGAGAUCGGCACAGACACCACACCCACCGCUGGGACUGGCACAGACACCAGACCGGCCGUGGGGACCGGCACAGACAGCAGACCAGCUGCAGGGACCAGCACAGACACCAGACCAGCUGCGGGGACCGGCACAGACACCAGGCCGGCCGCUGGGCACCUCGUGCAGCGCAGAGACGCAGCCACGGCCUGGCCGGAACAGUCACCACCCUGCAGGACCCUAACCUGGACCCAUUUACAGUGAACUCUUGGACAUUGCUCCAGGAAGCCUCCUCGGACAGGGCCCUUCAGGCCAUGGAGGACACAAUGAGACAAUUCAACCAGGCCAUCCGAACUAUCCACCAUCUGCCAGCGCUGCAGAGAGCCUGCCACACCCUCCAGCGCCUGACGGAGGGCACCAGCCUGCUCUCAGAGGCAGCCCAGAGAGAGGCCAGUGAGUCGCUCCUGUUCCUGAGUACUCAGCUCCUGCAGGCACCGCUCCCCAGCAACAGCAGUGGCUCCGCCGCCCGCACACCCGCCGCCACCUCGCUCUUCCAGUCCUUCAGCCACCUCCUGACGGCCAUGGACAGCAGCGCGCCCACGUCGCACUGGGCCCGGAACCAGCUGACGGAGGCUCUGGAGAACACCAUGGCUGCGCUCACAGGGAUACAGACGGUGCUCUGGGAGGGCAGCUGCGCUGUGGAGUCGUCUGUAACAGUGACCUCUCCUGUGGCCAGCACAAUGCUGAGCAGCCGCAACGCCUCCACUUUGCCCCAGAGCUCGUACCAUCUGGCUCAGCCAGUGCCUCUGACGCUGGCCUUCCCAUCAGCCUCUGCCUGGGGAGUGCUGCUGAGCAAACACCCCCGCGUGCAGGUCCGGGUAACAGUCCUGGCAGUCAACCCCUUCAAGCACCUGGACAGGAAGGAGAUCAGGAGCGUUGGGUACAUCUUCCUCACCGCCAACAAGGAAUCUAUCCAGGUGCAGGACUUCCCCGAGGACAUAGAGAUCCGGCUGUGGAGAGACGAGAGCACAGAGACAUCUCCCACUGGCCUCAACAUCAGCACAGAGGAGUUUGUGAUCAAGGUGAACAUCACGUCCAUGGAAGACGCCCUGAUCCUCCGUGUGCUACCUGACAUUCCCCUGCCCAUCGAGCUCUACCUGGGCUACCAGCAUCCAGUCAAUGGCUCCCAUUCUCUCCUCAACACCACCCUGCCCACCGGCCAUGGGCAGCAUUCUGGUGACAACUACACUUGGGUGCUGCGUCCAGCGAUGCUGCAGCUUGGCCCAGGCCCCUACCAUGUAACGGCCAUGGUAAGGCAGAGCCCAGAGCAAGAGCUGCCAAGCCACGUGACAUACACGAUCACCACCAUCGCCACACAGUGCCACUUCUGGGACCACCGCAGGAAGGCCUGGAGACAGGAUGGCUGCCAGGUGGGACCUCAGAGCACAGUCAGCAGCAUCCAGUGCCUGUGCAACCACCUCAGCGUCUUUGGCAGCUCCUUCUUCGUUGUGCCCCGGACGGUGAACAUUCAGGACACAGGCAAGCUCCUAAGCAAGGUGGCCAGCAACCCGAUUGGGGUGGCCUUGCUGGCCAGCCUGCUGGUGCUCCAUGGUGUUGUUGGCGUGUGGGCGUGGAGGAGAGACCAGGUGGAUGUGAGAAAGGUGAAGGUCACAGUCCUGGCAGACAGCGACCCCAGGGCUCACGUCCGGUAUGUGGUCCAGGUCUUCACUGGAUACCGCAGGGGAGCAGCCACAACAGCAAAGGUCGUGCUCACGCUGUAUGGGACAGAGGGACGGAGCGAGCCACACUGCCUGCGGGACCCCCACAAGCCUGUGUUUGAACGUGGUGGGCUGGACGUCUUCCUCGUAACCACCUGGAGCUCCCUGGGGGAGCUGCACAACAUCAGGCUCUGGCACGACAAUUCUGGCUCCAGCCCCUCCUGGUACGUCAGGCAGGUGGUGGUCAGCGACGUGACAGCCAGGAGGAAGUGGCAUUUCCUCUGUAGCGCCUGGCUGGCUGCGGACCUGGGUGACUGCCAGCUCGAUCGGGUCUUCCCAGCAGCCUCCAGGAGCGAGCUACUCUCCUCCAGGCAUCUGUUCUGCUCGGAGCUUGUGGAGAAGGUGACACACGACCACCUGUGGCUGUCGGUGCUGACCCACUGCCCCUGGGACCCCUUCACACGGCUCCAGCGCCUGGCCUGCUGCCUGACACUCCUGCUCUGCACCAUGGUCAUCAACAUCAUGUUCUGGAGAGACCCGCUGGAGGCUGGCAACCAGGCAGCCCUGCAGCCAGGGCGUGUCCUGUUCACCUGGCAGGAGCUUGUUACCAGCGUGCAGACUGCGCUCAUCCUGCUCCCUAUCAACCUGGUCGUUGGGCAAAUCUUCCAGCUGGUCCCACCGCAGGAACUGCCACUGCCCCCCACAGGCAUCCGGCUCCCACGGGCCUCUGCACCUCCCCAGGAGGCGUCCUCCCUCAAGCGCAUCACGCAGGAGCUGAAGGCGACAGUGGGGUUUCUGUCCAGGACCAAGCUCUGCCUGGAGCACGAGGCUCUGCCCCAGGAGAUGGACAGUGUCCCUGAGCUCGUGCGUAGCCUCUGCUGCCUUGUCGGCUCUCACCUCCGCAGGGGCGUGGAGCCAGCGGAGCCCUGCCUGGUUAACGGUACAGACACCAACGGCCUGCUCCUGGGAGCCACCCCGCUCUGCCUGCCUGGGCCAAUGGAGAGGGCUCCCGGGUUCUGCGCUGGGCGCUGUGAGUGCGGGGGGCUGGCCAGGGACGACAGGACUAACGCUGCCUCACCUGCUCUUUCAGAGACUUAUCACCAUCUCAGCAGCCACCUGAGCCACGUGCUGGGGCCGCUGCUGGCCCAGCUCCGAGCCCUGGACCUGAGCAAGCUCUGCAAUCCCCACGACUACCUGCAGGCAGCCGGCCAGCUGCAGAGCCUGCUGGAGCAGCUGGAGCAGCCAGGCCCGUGCCAGGAGCCUGGACUGGCCAGGGGCAGGAGGAGCUUCCCCAUCUCGGAGCCCCGAGGGCAGAAGGCCACCAUCCCCUUCCAGCUCCAGCGAGAGGCUCUGUUCAUCUGCUGGGUCACCGUGGCUGCCACCAGCCUGGCCUCAGCCUACUUCACCAUCCUCCUCAGCCUACAGCUGGACAGACAGAGAGCCACCAGCUGGGUCGUCUCCAUGCUGCUCUCUCUCCUCCAGAACAUCUUCAUAAUGCAGCCACUGAAGGUGGCUGGGCUCACCCUGCUCUUCUCACUGGUGCUGAAGAGGAUGCUCUGGCAGGACAAGGGGAAGGAGCAGCAGCUGCAGAGGAGCCUGGCUCUCCUGGCCAGGUGCCCCUACUUGGAGCUGCCUGGGACAAGAGACUGGAAUGACCCCGUCUACCACCCCCCAUGCCCAAGACCAGCGCCCCCUCGAAGGCGGAGGACCUGGAAGAAGAAGCAGCUGUACACACAGCUGGGAGAGAUCGUAGCACAACUCGUUCUCCUGGCCUCACUGACAGUCGUGUGCUACACGGAGCGGAGCCCCCACGAGCUGUACUUCAAUGAGGCCAUUCGCAAGAGCAUCACACCCAACUUCCACUGCAUCCGCGGCCUGGGGGACUUCUAUGGCUGGGCGCACGGCACACUCCUGCCCAGCCUUGACGGGCCACACCCAGGGUUCAUCUCAGACGGAAACGCCCUCCUCCUCGGCAGCGUGCGACUGCGGCAGCUCCGUCCCCAGCCACAACAGCAGCUCUGCUCCUGCCGCCAGCAGGACGCAGGGGGCCAUGGGCCUGGCUGGGGUCCCCCUGGCCACAGCAGGGGGGCACAGGAUAGCAUCUGGGUAAACCACGGCGCAGAGAGCCUGGGGGAAUACCCCGUGUGGGGGCAGCUGUCCCUCUACCCGGGAGGAGGCUACCUGGCACACCUGGGAACCAACUCCAGCCAUGCACACAGUGUCCUGCAGUACCUGGAGCGGAGCCGGUGGCUGGAUGGAUGCAGCUGCGCCAUCUUUGUGGAGUUCACAGUCUAUAACGCCAAUGUGAACCUCUUCUGUGUGGUCACCCUGCUCCUGGAGACCCCCGGGACAGGUGCCUUCCUCCCCUCUGCGGAGCUGCAGAGCAUCCGCCUCUACAGCAGCAGCGGCUUGACCCAGCUGACCUGCGCACAAGGCAUCUACGUCCUGCUGCUGCUCUUCUACACCUGGGUGCAGGGGCGGCGGCUGAAGCAGCAGAAGUGGAGAUACUUCGGCAGCCAGAGAAAUGUGCUGGACAUAAGCAUAAUUUUCAUCAGCCUGGCAGCAUUUGGUGUGUACAUCAAGUGCCGUCUCCUGCAGAAAAGUGUGAUGGAGAAAUAUCACCAGGACCGGAGCAGGUUUGUCAGUUUCUACGAGAUAGCGCAAGUGGCCUCUGCUCUCACCUACCUGCUGGCCUUCCUGGUCGCCCUGGCCAUGGGGAAACUGUGGAACCUGCUGCGCCUCAACCCUAGAAUGCACCUGAUCAGCAGCACGCUGCGCCGAGCCUGGCAGGAGGUGCUGGGCUUCCUGCUGAUGCUGCUGGUGCUGCUGGCGGGCUACUCCAUGGCAUGUAACCUCCUGUUUGGCUGGAGCAUUGCGAACUACAAGACUUUCUUCAGCUCGUCUGUGACCAUUGUUGGGCUCCUGAUCGGGAUCUUUAACUAUGACAUGGUUAUCAACUUAGACCCAGUCUUGGGGUCCUUGCUGAUCACCACCAGUGUCAUAUCCAUGCUGUACGUGGUCAUUAACCUCUUUGUCUCUGGCCUGCUGACAACCUUCAGUGAGGAGCGAGCAUCUGCCAGGGUAGGUACAGAUCUCGGGCUCCAUACCCAAGCUCUCCCCCAGGCCUGUGGCGGGUGGGCAGGAGGCAGCCUCACUCAGAAGCAGGCAGAAGGUUUACAUUCAGCACAGCUGGCUCCUAGCACCCAGCGAAGUUCAGCAAGGACUGGCACUUGGCCCUGCCUCUGCUUGCUCUGCUGACAAGCUGAGGAUUAGCCUUUUUUAUUUUCCUCCCUCCUUUCCAGGCAAACAAGGAUGAGUCCAUGAUGGAAUUAAUGCUCCUAAAGCUCUCGGGCCUGUUAGGAAUUAAGCAGCAGGCACUGCAGCUGACCAGGCUGGCUGGAGCA